CACACACAUAUAUAUAUAUUAUUAUUAAAUGAAGAUGAGUUUUGGUUUGGGCACCAUUGUUGUUAUGUUGUGGUGGGCUUCGAUUGCAUAUGCAGCUGAUCCAAAUCCUCUUCAAGAUUUUUGCGUUGCUCUUCAUGAUAACAUCUCUGAUGUUUUUGUAAAUGGGAAAUUUUGCAAGAACCCGAACAAGGUGGUUGCAAAGGAUUUUCUUUUCGAGGGUCUAAACAUCCCCGGAAAUACAUCCAAUCAGUUCGGAUUCAUCGUGACUCCAGUGAACGUGAACCAGCUGCCAGGGCUCAACACUCUGGGCGUGUCACUGGCCCGCCUCGACUUUGCCAAAUACGGUAUCAACCCACCCCACACCCACCCGCGUGCUACCGAAGCCUUGUUCUUGUUGAAAGGCACUCUCUAUGUUGGGUUCGUCACAUCCAAUCCCGCCGAUCCUAACCAGAGGAAUAAGCUCUUCGCUCAGUACUUGAAACCUGGAGACGUCUACGUGUUCCCACAAGGCCUCAUCCAUUUCCAGUUCAACGUCGGCAAGACCGAAGCCGUUGCAUUUGCCGGUUUCGGCAGCCAGAAUCCAGGGACAAUAACCAUCGCCAACGCUGUGUUCGGCUCAGACCCCAAAAUUGACCCUAUUGUGUUGGCGAAGGCCUUCCAGGUUGAGAAGAAGAUCAUCAAGUACCUCCAAGCCCAGUUUUGGCCCAACCUCACUUACUAAACUAAACAUACACACAUCAAUAUAAUCUGUGUUGUGUUAUUUAAAAUUUUAAUACAAUAAAACAGUCUUUAACUUACUACAACUUGUUCACUUGGAAAGCUUUGUUCUAGUUUUUCAAAUUAUUUCCUCUGUCUCAUUAGUGUCGUGCCAUUACUUUUGAGCAAGAAAAUUAAGAAAAGUGUAGUAAUGUAUAAAAUAAGUUGUUGAAAAAUAUUUAAAUA